GUUAGUAGGGUGACACUGCAUGUAUUCACGCUAACAAAGUGCAAGGGAAAAUCCUGUACACACAACAUGGGUCGACUCGCGUCUUACUGUCGGAAAUCCCAAUUCUCCGUCUACCCACCGCCACGCCACAUGCCCACGCUUGCCCUGAACGGCGAGGCGUGCUGGGCGACGUUGUCGUCUGACGGCUGUAGCGAGGCGGUCAUUGGUGCUGUCACCGUUCAUCCUGAAAAGGUCCCAUCGGCGUCGCUUGGUAUAAGCAGGCUCGCCAUAUGCGGCGGAGUGGAGGUCACAGUGACAUGCAUGCGGCUACGUGGGCGAGUGGCUCCAUAUAUCCGGAAACCCGGUGAAGUCGAGCCGGAAAGAGUGGGCAACGGCUACUCAGUCUGAUGCCUAUCGACGAUGUCGCUGCAGAGUGGCCUUUGAGACGAACGAUAGUGCCGUGCAGUCGUUCGGGACUAGCUCCCGCCACAAAGAGUCGACUACCUAGGUACCUACUGGUAGGUAUGAGGGAGAGAGUGGAAUAACUGCCCCCAAGCGAAGCUCAGCUCCUGGUUCGGAUAUGGUGUUGAGAACCCUGCGAGCAGAUUUACGCUGCAGUCAGCUGCCCCUGGCCACGCAAACCUUGACGCAGGUCUCGUCAUGGUCCAAUAACGUUUCGGCUGCUCAUAUUGCUUGCCGCACACACAUCGUCUUCUCUGGUCCUUCAUAUUAUUUUCACCGAGAUCUUACUUUGGAUGCAACUGUGGAUCUAAGGCUAUUCCCGAAUCUGCAUCCUGAGGUCGCCGCUUCCGUUCCGGCCAUGCACGGGGGCACAUGCGGCCCUCUGUCUGGGCUUUGGCUCUUUGGCCAUCCUCGUUGUCAUGCGCGCGUCAGGAGACGCACCGACCUUGUUGCAGCGCCUAUGGGCCUUGGCCCUGCCAGCUGGGAGGCGUAUCCAUCUCCCACCACCCUGUCUAGCCCUCCGGUAAAUAUGCUCCUGGGGCGGGAUCGUCCACGUCCCACCCGCGUGUCGACAGCAGAGUGCCCUCGAGGUCGGAAGCCGGGCCAUCGUUCCUUCUUGGAGCGUGUUAAACAAAUGAACCCUCCACACAUCACGUCUCCGACCUCGCCGAAUUUCCUCUUUGGGAGCUCUCCCUGGCUCGACGAGUGCCCAUCUCACCCGCCCAGCCGGAGACAUGAAGCUUGUAUCUGGCAGUAUAUAAACCCAAGAGCUGGGCUAUUUCUUGGUGAGCUUGUUCGGUCCAUCGAUCAGCACAAACAACCCCCAGACAAGCAUCGGAUCAGCAGAAUCCCCUAGCAUACCAAGAUGAUCAGCAAAAUCGCCGUCGCGAGCAGCCUGCUCGCUGCCGUCAACGCCCAGGGCGUCGGCACGCAGAAGGCCGAGACUCACCCCGCCAUGACCUGGCAGUCAUGCACAUCUCCCUCGAGCUGCACGACCAACAACGGAGAGGUUGUCAUUGAUUCCAACUGGCGAUGGGUCCACGACAAGAACGGCUACACCAACUGCUACACCGGCAACACAUGGAACACGACCAUCUGCCCCGACAACAAGAGCUGCGCCGCCAACUGCGUCCUCGACGGAGCUGACUAUGCCGCCACCUACGGCGCCACCACCAGCGGCAACGCGCUGUCGCUCAAGUUCGUCACCCAGAGCCAGACCAAGAACAUUGGCAGCCGGCUGUAUCUCAUGGAGUCUGCCACCAAGUACAAGAUGUUCAACCUCCUGAACAACGAGUUCUCGUUCGACGUCGACCUGAGCAAGCUCCCUUGCGGCCUGAACGGCGCCCUCUACUUCGUCUCCAUGGACGCCGAUGGUGGCAUGUCCAAGUACCCGACCAACACGGCCGGCGCCAAGUACGGCACCGGAUACUGCGACUCGCAGUGCCCCCGUGACCUCAAGUUCAUCAACGGACAGGCCAACGCCGUAGGCUGGAAGCCAUCCUCCAACGACGCCAACGCGGGCGUCGGCGGCUCGGGCUCGUGCUGCGCCGAGAUGGACGUGUGGGAGGCCAACUCGAUCAGCACGGCCUUCACGCCGCACCCGUGCACCAACAACGCGCAACACUCGUGCUCGGGCGACGCGUGCGGGGGCACGUACUCGUCGACGCGGUACGCGGGCGACUGCGACCCCGACGGGUGCGACUGGAACGCCUACCGCAUGGGCAACAAGAACUUUUACGGGCCCGGCAAGACGGUCGACACGACCAAGAAGUUCACGGUGGUGACGCAGUUCUCGAGCUCCGAGAUCAAGCAGUACUACAUCCAGAACGGGGUCAAGAUCCAGCAGCCCAAGUCGACCGUCGCGGGGCUGACGGGCUACAACUCGAUCACGGCGGCCAUGUGCACGGCGCAGAAGACUGCUUUUGGCGACCAGGAUGUUUUUAGCCAGAAGGGUGGGCUUUCGGGGAUGAACUCUGCGCUUAGCAAGGGGAUGGUUCUUGUUAUGUCGCUGUGGGAUGAUCACUACGCCAACAUGCUCUGGCUCGACUCGUCGUACCCGGUCAGCGCUGAUGCCAGCAAGCCCGGUGUCGCCCGUGGCACGUGUGCCACCAGCAGCGGUGUCCCCUCGGACGUCGAGUCGCAGAACGCCGACUCCACCGUCAUCUACAGCAACAUCAAGUUCGGACCCAUCGGGAGCACCUACUAGACUGUUGUUGACUGUCACUGAUGCAAGACUGUUCUUGUUGGGUUUAAAGAAAGAAAGAAAAAGGAUGGGAUUGAGGGGGGACCUAUGUGCUGCUGCUACCUUGUCCGGCCCUGCCCCGCCCUGCCCUGCCCCACCGCAUGCUGGUCGGACUUGUUCGCAAAAAGGCCCGGGGGAAAACGCACUGCUCGGUCGUUUGGAGACGAGACCUUUUGAUUCUG